UUGCAUUUGGUUUUGAUUAUUUUACAUUGACAGAGGUUUACUGAGCAUGCGUAGAAAUGUGUGAGCGCAAAAAAAUCAAAAAUAGAUUUUUAUUCGUCGAAUGUGAUUUUAAUACUCAAAUUGAGUUCAAAUUGUAUUGACGCAAGAAUACAAUCUUUUUCAAUCAAUUUUAAAGGAAAAAAAUUGUAAAAAAAUGAUUUCUUUUCAAAUUAAAGAAAAAAAAAUAGUGGGUCGAUAUGCAACAGCAACCAAAGCAUUGACGGCCGGAUCAGUAGUGUUUGAAGAAGCUCCAUUUGUUAUAGGGCCAAAUCCAGAUUCCACAGCAAUUUGUUUAGAGUGCUAUGCGCCAGUCGAUGGAACCAUUUACGGAACAAGAUGUAAUAAGUGCGGUUGGCCGAUGUGCGAUGAAUGCAAAUUGAACUCAUCAAGAAAAAAUCAUUCGAAAGAAUGUGAAUUGUUUGUUCAGAAUAAAGUUAAAUUCCAUAACCUUUCAACACCUCAUCAAAUAUGUUUGCAGUUGGAUUGCAUUACGCCAUUGAGAAUCUGUUUGGAAAAAGAAGUUAAUGCUGAGAGAUGGAAGAAUGAAAUCUCAAAAAUGGAAUUCCAUUCUGAAAUACGAAAAAACUCGAAAAUUUGGAAUGCUGACAAAAUAAACGUUGUUGGAUAUUUACAAGGGCCCUUGAAACUCAAGGAUCGUUUCUCAGAAGAUUUAAUACAACAAGCAUGUGGAAUACUAGAAGUGAAUGCAUUCGAGGCACGAACAGCAAAAGGUCAUAAAGUUCGUGGCAUUUAUCCAAAUGCAGCUGUACUCGCACAUUCAUGUGUUCCAAAUACAACGCAUUCAAUUUUACCCAGCAAAGACUACAAGCUUGUAAUGCGGACCAGUAUUAAUGUAAAAGAAGGAGAAGAACUUUUAACAACAUACACUCACAUACUAAGCGGUACUCGUACUCGUGAAAGGCAAAAUAAUUUGAAGAAAGGAAAAUUUUUCAUUUGUAAAUGUGAAAGAUGCACUGAUGCAUCUGAAUUGGGUACCAAUUUUAGUUCUCUGUUGUGUAAGAAAUGUGAAGAUGGCGUUAUUCUUCCGACAAAUCCACUCGACGAAACUGCCGAAUAUAAAUGUCAGAAAUGUUCAUUCAUGACACCCGGUUCAGCCGUUCAAUCGUUGAUAAAAACAAUCGAUGGCGAAAUAGCGCAAUUACAGGAAAUUGAAACAACAAUUGAAAAUAUUAAAUUGUGUGAAAAUGUUUUCACGAAGUACAGCAAAAUUUUGCAUUCAAACCAUUUUCUACUAAUCUCUCUGAAAGAAAAUCUAAUCGAUAUGUACGGUUGGCAUCUCAGUAAUCAAAUUGAUAAUGAUGCUGUCGUUUUUGAGUGCUUGGAUCGGAAAAUUGCACUUUGUCGAGAAGUUUUGAAUGUAGUAUCUAUUUUACAACCGGGCUUGAAUCGUGCCCGUGCGAUGUUAAUCUAUGAAAUUUAUACAUCAAUUGGUGCAAUCAUAAAGAAAAAUUCGGCAUCAGUAGCAAAUCGUGGUCAGCACAUUAUGGAGGCGAAAAAAUUAUUGAGUGAAUGUUUGACCAUAUUUGAAUGGGAAGACGAAAAUUCCUUGGAAUUUUAUUUGGCCAGAAUUUGCCGUAAAAUUUCUAACGAGCUACAAAGUAUGGAGGAAUUCAACAUGUAAUAAUAAUAAUAUCAGCUUUCAAAAAAAAAAAAUUACUGUUAUUUUUUUUGUAGUUUUUUAUACCGAAAUAAAAGUUUUUAUCAGUAGAUAUCUAUAUUUAAAACAACAAACAAAAUGUAACGUUUUUAGUGUCAAAUAGAACGGUGAUUAUGUGUAUAAUUUCCAUUCAAAUUUACGAAUACCAAUGGUUGUUCAAGUAACUUCCAAUAAUAAUAUAACAUAAUAUAAAUCAAAUAAAAAAAAUAGACAAUUUA